UCAGAGUUCAAAGAAAUGAAGUGCGCAUUGUUGCUGCUGCUGCUGCUAGGACUGCUGGCCAAUCCCCUGCAGGCAGCUGUGGAGACGACUUUAAGCUAUGAGAAGGCACGCCAGGCUGUGCUCAGCGCCGAGGAGCAGCUCAUGACGGGCGGACGUACCAGCCUGAGCGCCAAGGAGAGCCAAGUGGACGAUCUCUUCAUGCAGUACAAGCUGGGGGAACUGGCCCAGGGCUUCAGGAAUGCCGAUCAGAAUGUGGCUGGGAUGCAUUUCUUCAAGGCCAAGCCGCUGAUCGAUCGCAGCUCCGUCUUCAAGUUUCUGCAGCAGAUGCCCAAGGGCGCUGUGCUCCAUUUGCACAACACCGCCGCGGUCAGCUCCAAGUGGGUGGUGCGGAAUAUGUCCUACAUGCCGGGCAUGCUGCGCUGCACCAAUGCAGAGGGGCGCAGCCGGCUGACCUUCCGACGCGCCCCCAAGCUGCAUAAGUGCACAUCCCAGUACGUGUACGUGGCGGAUGAGCGAAGGAGCUCAAUCGAUCCGGUGCUGUACGACGAGAACUUGGAAAAACUUAUUAAUCUAUAUACGCCCGUGCCGGAGCUGGAGUAUCCAACAAUAACAGCCGUUUGGAACAAGUUCCAGGCCAUGUUUGACACCUUGACGGAGGCCAUUUAUUACCUCCCCGCAUUUCGUGCCUACCACUGGCAACUGCUCGAGGAGCUCUACAAUGACAACGUGAUGUAUGCUGAGCUACGCAUUAGCCUAAAAGAGAUCUACGAUGCCAGCGGACGCACCUUUCCCCAGGAGCAGGCAUUGCGCGAGCUGCAGGCGUUGAAUGACAAAUUUGUGCGCUUGCAUCCCAAUUUCAUUGGCAUCAAGGUCAUCUACGCCACGUGGCGAGGCGCCGAUGCGGCGACUCUGAGGGAAAAAAUCAAGGAAUUCCGGAAAUUGCAGGAAGCCUUUCCGAAGUUUGUGAUUGGCUUUGAUCUGGUGGGGCAGGAGGAUAAGGGCAAGCCGCUCUAUGAGCAGCUGGCUGUCCUGAAGGAGCUGCCGCCCAACACAAAUUUGUUCCUUCACGCCGGCGAGACGAAUUGGUUUAGUGCGUCAACGGAUAUUAAUCUGCUGGAUGCGCUGCUGCUGAACACGACACGAAUGGGCCACGCCUUCGCCCUAGUCAAGCAUCCCAUACUGAUGAAUGCCGUGAAGACGCGCAACAUAGCCGUGGAGUUGAGUCCCAUAUCGAACCAGGUGCUGCACUUGGUCUGGGAUAUGCGCAAUCAUCCGGGCGCCCAGUACUUGGCCCUAGAUGUGCCCGUGGUCAUUUGCAACGAUGAUCCGGGCUUCUGGAAUGCCAAGGGCUUGAGCUACGAUUUCUACUAUGCCAUCAUGAGCAUGGCGCCCAACAAUGCCGGACUCCGAGUCCUGAAGACUCUCGUUUACAACUCCGUGCGCUACUCGAUGCUCACGGAUCGGGAACGGCAAAGGGCAUAUCAGGUGCUCGACUACAGCUGGUCGCUUUUCAUGGACAAAGUGCUGCAGGGCAAGGUCUUUUAGAGAACG